AUACCUGGUUCGCAUUAAUACGUGACGCUUGUCUUUUCUUCUAUCUUAUAUUUAACUGGUGCAAUAAGCAACGUUGUUCCUACGUCAAAGACUUCCAAAAAAAGCCUUUUGAUUCAUAUUAAGCAACCUUAGCUUGUUAAAUUUUACGUCCAAACUUUCCGAUAGAAGGAUUUGUUGACGUUAUUUUGUGGAGAAUGGGUUCGCUUCAGGCCAUUGACGAGCCCAGCCGGACAUAUCCAUUUGCUCGGCGUGAUGAAUCUGUCAUUGAUAGCUAUCAUGGCGUCGACGUUUCUGAUCCUUAUAGAUGGCUUGAGGAUCCAGAUUCAGAGGAGACGAAAGAGUUUGUUGAGAAACAAGUGACUUUGACUGAGUCAGUGCUCAAGACUUGUGAGACAAGAGAAAAGCUAAGGGAAAAACUAACAAAAUUGUUUGAUUUUCCCAAGUAUGAUGUUCCAUUUAGGGCAGGUGAUAAGUACUUCUACUUCCAUAAUACGGGCCUUCAACCUCAAAAAGUCCUGCAUGUUCAGGAUAGUUUGGAUGGAAAGCCAGAAGUACUGCUUGAUCCAAAUACACUUAGUGAGGAUGGCACAGUUUCAUUGAGUAUGUGUGCAAUUAGUGAGAAUGCUAAAUAUUUGGCAUAUGGUAUUAGUUCAAGUGGAAGUGAUUGGGUGACUAUCAAACUUAUGAGAGUGGAGGAUAAGGGCGACGAGCCUGAUAUAAUUUCGUGGGUUAAGUUCUCAAACAUUAGCUGGACUCGUGAUUGUAAAGGAUUCUUCUAUAGCAGUUAUCCAGCUCCCAAGAAUGGCGAAAAUUUGGACGGGAGAGAGACAGAUGCAAAUUUACACCAGCAAGUGUAUUAUCAUUGCUUGGGUACUGAUCAAUCUGAUGAUAUAUUGUGUUGGAAAGAUCCAGAAAAUCCAAUGCAUAGACAUAUAGCUUCAGUGACCGAAGAUGGAAAGUAUGUUCUCCUAUACAUUUUUCGGAACUGUGAUACUGUCAACCAACUAUAUUACUGUGCUUUAUCUACAUUGCCAAAUGGGAUUUCAAGUUACAAAGGCAAAAACGAGGCAUUUCCCUUUAUCAAGCUUGUUGACAAAUUUGAUGCAUCAUAUGAUUAUGUUGCACAUAAUGGCACUGUUUUCACUUUUCAAACUAACAAGGAUGCUCCUAAGUACAAAUUAGUCGGAGUGGACGUGGAAAAUCCUGAUUUCUGGUUUGACAUAAUCCAAGAGGACGAAAAGGAUGUGCUUCAAUCAGCUGUUGCAGUUAAUGAGAAUCAACUUGUUGUGAGUUAUCUGAGAGAUGUGAAAAAUGUUGUGCAGUUGAGAGAUUUAGAAACAGGUGCCUUGCUUCAUCAUUUACCUAUUGAUAUUGGUAGAGUAUCAGGAAUUUCAGCUCGUCGCAAAGAUGAUUCUGUUUUUAUUGGAUUUAUGAGCUUUUUGAUCCCUGGAUUGAUAUAUGAGUGUAACCUCAAGGGUGAAGUUCCUGAUCUUAAAGUAUUUCGAGAAAUCGUCGUUCCUGACUUUGAUCGGACAGAGUUCCAAGUUAAUCAGGUAUUCGUGCCAAGUAAAGAUGGUGUCAAGAUACCUAUGUUCACAGUGGCUAAAAAGGGCAUUUCUCUAGAUGGAUGCAACCCUUGUUUAUUAUUCGGAUACGGAGGAUUCAAUGUCAGUUUUACUCCAUCUUUUUCUGCUGCUCGCGUUGUGCUUGCAAAGCAUUUAGGUGUAGUUUUUGCCAUAGCAAAUAUUCGUGGUGGUGGAGAAUAUGGAGAAGAGUGGUACAAAGCUGGUGCCCUUUCCAAAAAGCAAAAUUGCUUUGAUGACUUUAUAUCGGCUGCGGAGUAUCUUGUAACUGCUGGUUAUACACAGCCCCAUAAGUUGUGUAUUGAAGGUGGAAGCAAUGGUGGCCUUCUUGUUGGAGCCUGUGUCAAUCAGAGACCUGAUCUGUUUGGUUGCGCUCUUGCUCAUGUUGGUGUUAUGGAUAUGCUUAGAUUUCACAAGUUCACUAUAGGCCAUGCAUGGACCUCUGAUUUUGGCUGUUCGGAUAAGGAGGAAGAAUUUCAAUGGCUAAUCAAAUAUUCACCAUUGCAUAAUGUGAGGAGGCCGUGGGAACAAUCUGCCAAUCUAGCAUAUGUUCAAUACCCUUCCAUCAUGCUAUUGACUGCAGAUCAUGAUGAUAGGGUGGUUCCGUUGCACUCACUAAAACUAUUGGCUACAAUGCAAUAUGUCUUGUGCACGAGUGAGGAGAAAAGUCUGCAGACCAACCCCAUUAUUGGUAGGAUCGAACGUAAGGCUGGUCAUGGAUGUGGACGUCCAACACAAAAAACUAUUGAUGAAGCUGCAGAUAGAUAUGCAUUCAUGGCUAAAGAGUUGGGUGCUGCUUGGAUUGAGUGAAAUGAUGUUUGUACAAAGGCAUAAUAAGGAAAAUGGUGGAAGAAUAAGGAGGUCAUAGUUUGUUGUCCUCACAGUUGGUGCUAUAUUUCCAAAUAAAGAAAUCUGUUUAAAAAAACUGAGUUCUCGGAAAAAAAUUAGAGGCUUCCACCAUUUCAGUAUCAUUUGGGAUUCUCUUGGCGUGAGAGUGCAGCAACAAUUGCGCCUCAGUCCCAAGCAAGUCGGGGUCGGCUAUUUGGCGUGAGGGUGCACGGGAAAGAAUUUUAACAAGAUGAACAACUUAUCAUGUAGAAUAACCACUGAUAUAGUUUCUUAGGUUUUAUAGUUUUUUGAAGCACCCUUUCCUGUGUAGUGUGUGUAUAGAGCUGGUAAGCGCAAUAGGACUUUUGGUUGAUGGUGCGCCCCAGAAUACUGAUGUGUACAUAAUAUUUCUAUGAAAGAGAAAUUAGUAUAUUUGGAUAUUA